ACUCGGCAAUGUUAUGUCGCGCCAACACACCUACUUGCCACACGGUACGUGUGUACUUUAAUUGAAGACAACAACAAAAGCUUUUAAUAGCAUCUAUCGUCGCAUAAUUUAUUACAGCGUAAAAUCGUUAAAACUAACUGACAGCUGUCAGCUGCCCAUCCACGUCAAAUCAGCCAAGCACAAACCCUUUCCAAUAUUCAAUACCACAAAAAUGUGGCGACCACCGUCGAAUGGGAUUACAUUGAUCAUCUUCAGCGGCAUUUUGUUGGUUUUCAAUUUCAUACAAACUGCAGGUGAGGCCACAGCGCGUAUGGCAGCAGAUGUCAGUGAGAAAAGUGAAAGAGAUACAACGGAAAUAGCCGUCACGAUGAGGUCAACCACUGUCAGCGCAACGCGCGUGGUAACUGCAACAGUUGCAGCUAACAAAAGUGACACGACAAAAAGUCCGAAGCAUAGCCCACAACAGGUGUGGUCGAGCUUGCGACCCGCCGAGACCACGCCAAACAGUACGCGCACGAUCGGCACACAAGCCCGGAUGAAUAGAACAUAUACGCUACCACGCGGGUUUCAACGCGUCGGGCACAGACGUACCUUUUACGAGCACUGCAUGGAUCACCGCAACUCAUUUGCCGAUCUUGCCACACUAGUGCUCUAUUCGCUCGUUUGUCUUGUGGGGCUAUUCGGUAAUACGCUCGUCAUUUAUGUUGUGCUACGCUUUUCAAAGAUGCAAACGGUCACCAAUAUUUAUAUACUUAAUCUCGCCAUAGCCGAUGAGUGCUUUCUCAUCGGCAUACCAUUUCUGCUCUACACUAUGCGCAUUUGUAGUUGGCGCUUUGGCGAUUUCAUGUGCAAGGCCUACAUGGUGAGCACCUCGAUCACACAAUUCACUUCAUCUAUUUUCCUGCUUAUCAUGUCCGCCGAUCGCUAUUUGGCGGUUUGUCAUCCGAUAGCCUCGCCUAAGUAUCGCACGCAGCGUAUAGCCAAAAUCGUGUCGGCCAUUGCGUGGCUAACCUCGGUUGUGCUUAUGUUACCCGUCAUACUCUAUGCCAGCACAGUGAUCCAAGAAGAUGGCGUAAAUCUUUCUUGCAACAUAGAAUGGCCUGAAACAUAUAAGAAGCACUCGGCCACCACUUUCACGCUGUACACAUUCUUCCUAGGCUUCGCCACGCCACUCUGCUUUAUACUCUGCUUCUACUAUCUGGUCAUACGAAAGCUACACGCCGUCGGCUCUAAACACAAAUCGAAGGAGAAGAAGCGCUCGCAUCGCAAAGUUACACGGCUCGUACUCACCGUCAUUACCGUCUAUAUACUCUGUUGGCUGCCGUAUUGGAUCUCGCAAGUGACGCUCAUCAAUUCUAAUCCCAUGCAAAAUCAGCUUUCGCGCCUUGAGAUACUCAUUUUCCUGCUACUCUUCUGUCUUGUCUACUCCAAUUCGGCUAUGAAUCCUAUACUCUAUGCAUUUCUGAGCGACAACUUUCGCAAGAGCUUUUUUAAAGCUUUCACCUGCAUGACUAAAAACGAAGUGAAUGCGCAAUUGCAAGCUGAACCGAGCCUGCUCACGAAGCAGGGCAAUGGUAAGCGUAGGCAGAAGCGUCAGAGUAAUGCAAAACUAAACGAGCCAAAUUUAGUGGCCGCAACCAGCGCCAACAAUAAUUCUUCGGUAACAACUUCUUCGACAACCACAGCGCCUGUGGGCGGUGAUAAGGUGACACCAGUAUUAUUGGCGACAACAACGGUCUCAACAGAUGGCAGUGCGUCAACGGUGCAACCAAAUGGGCGACCACCGGUGAAGUCGGACGCUUUUGAAGGUGAAGAUAUGAUACUCGUAAUGGAAUAUGAGCGGCCGAUGUGCGCGCUUCUGGAGCGAGAGAAUGUUGUUGGCAAUGUGCUGCAAACGGAUUUGUAAAUUUGCUGAACGUCGCAUAUUUUUAGGUGUUUUGUACUGAUUAAAAAAAAAACAAGAACCAAA